AACAUCCUGUGAUGAUUGUCUCCGUUCACGUUUGAUUCGCGUUGUGCAUAUUUGCCAUAAGAGACGACCAUGCGCAUGGCCCGCUGAAAAUGAUAUGUCUGCCUUCAUUGAUUUUUUUCAGUUAACAAGUCAUGCAAUGUAAUUAGUACCUCAAUUCAAGAUGGAGGAAGAAGCAUGUGGAUCCGAAGAUAAACCAAAAUUUCUCGAACAGUACGAUGAUGUCAAUCAGUUUAUGCAGAACACUCUGCGGUCAGUCCUGCAAGCCACCAAGUGCUCCAAUGAACUCCCUGCCCCUGGCGAUGACUUUGACUACUACUCCAGCUUCAAAGGCUUUCAAGAUGUUAUGGACAUUGAAGGAAAGCGAGUUCUGCAUGUGAUCCAAAGCAUCUUAAAACACCAGAAUGUGAAGAUCAGUCUAGGCAUGGCGAGAGGGGCGGCGGACAUAGAGGACAAGAUGGACCAACUGAUGGAUGCCAAUGAUCAGAUCCUGGAGCGUGUUGGCACAUGGCUGGAUGAGGCUUCCGGUAUCAAGAAAGAUAACAGUUCCCUGGUGGUGGCAGUUGCAACCCCAAAGGCUGCUGUCUCUACAAGCUGGAAUAAGAAGACCCCUGGAUCAAGUGCGUCAAGUCCCAACUUCCGUCUGUUGACCGCCCGUAAUAUCCAAAGGCCGCAAAUCAAGUUCAAGGACAAGGUUGACAACAGGGCUGUUCCAUGGCGACCAAUCAUCAAGGAGAAACCAAAUGCAUUGAAGCCACUUGAUGAAAGUUUGCGCCUUCCUGAAGGUAUAACACCAGAGAUGAGCGAGUCACCAGAAUUUCUGUACCCCCACCCAUACCAGUAUGAGCUAGACAACCUGACAUUCACAGCUGACCAGUUGAAAGGUUGUGACCCUCAAGAGCCCGGGUCCCUAACUGAGACGCCCUGUACACUGGUGAAAAUCCCAGAGCAGCUGGAGCCCCUGGUGAACAUGCUGAAGAAACAGACAGAGAUAGCAGUGGAUCUCGAGCACCACAGCUACCGGACGUUCCAAGGGAUCACCUGCCUGAUGCAGAUCUCAACGAGGUCACAUGACUACCUGGUGGACACCCUGGAGCUACGUGGUGACCUGCAGUGUCUCAACACCGUCUUCACUGACCCCAACAUUGUCAAGGUAUUUCAUGGAGCAGACAUGGACAUUGAGUGGCUACAGAGGGACCUGGGCCUAUAUGUGGUAAACAUGUUUGAUACGGGCCAGGCUGCCAGGGUGCUCAACUGUGCCCGCUUCUCCCUGGCGUACCUGCUACAGCAGUACUGUGACGUGGACGCUGACAAGCAGUAUCAGAUGGCUGAUUGGAGAAUGAGGCCUCUGCCAGAGGAACUUCAGAAGUACGCCAGGGAGGACACACACUAUCUGCUGUAUAUCUAUGACAGGAUGAGGAACGAGCUGAUAGAGAGGGGAAACAACUCCAACAACAUGCUCCUGUCUGUGAUGCACAGGAGCAAGCAAGUCUGUGCCAAGGUUUAUAAGAAGCCCUAUGGCAGUCCAGAUGCCUACAUUGAGCUGUACAAGAAGAAUAAGAAGGUGUUCAACUCCCAGCAGUUGCUGGCCUUUAAAGAGCUCUUCAAAUGGAGGGACGAAACAGCCAGAAUGGAGGAUGAGAGUUGUGGGUACGUGUUGCCGAACCACAUGUUGUUACAGAUCUGUGACAUCCUGCCCAGAGAGAGACCCGGUGUGCUGGCCUGCUGUAACCCCAUACCUCCUCUAGUACGCCAGUACCUGAACGAGAUACACACCAUCAUCAUGAAGGCAAGAGAGGCACCCCUCACCAAGGUGGAUGUUGUCCGUGAGCAGAGACCCACUAAUCAACAGCACCCAAAAUACAAUGUGGACACACUGCUGACCUGUCCUCAUGACCUCUCACACCAGGGGUCACAGAUGGACCAGGAAUCCAGCUCCUGUCUUCUCAAUGACAAAAUGGUAGCGGCCAGCUCAAGUUUAUUCCCAGCUGCUAAAACAGGCAUCUCUAUAAGUCAUAGAAUAUCAGUCAAGGAAACUCCAACACUUUCAGCUUUUGGGAACAAGCCUGUUCCAAGAAGUACAGGAGCAGAAAUAAAGACGAAGGUGGCACAAAUCAAAGCAAGUUUUGCGAGUCCCUACUGCAUGUAUCUAUUGGAACCAGUCAAGUCCUCUGUAGUCAAGCCAGCCACGUUGAAUAUCAACCAGUCUGCUUCAAACACCAGUGACCCAGUCACCGACUCUAUCAUGAACUCAUGGAAACUUUUGCCAUGCUCGGUGAAGAGAAAGCCUGAGGUGACAGACAGUCCUUCAACUGCAGCUCCUCCAUCCAAGCGGUCACGUACAGACCUCCACCAGGUUGCUACCAGCAAGCACAUCAAGUUUAAUGACGAAGGGGAAGCCAUUGAGGUCUCUGAGGAUGAUAAGAAGGCAUUACCUCAGGAUAUCGAGAUUCCUUUGCGUUUCCAGAUGCCAUCAAAGUCCAAGAAGAAGAAAAACAGGAAUAGAGAUAUAGACAUCAUACAGAGUGUUCAGGAACAUUUGUCAAACAUCCGAAAAUUACAAGAAGAAAGUGAGCUUGCUCUUGGAGAGAACCCAGAGGAUGAAAAACCAGUGGUUGUAGAACAGGAAAAAAAAACUAAUAAAACAUUUAAGCAAUACCAGAGUGAACAGUUGAAGAAGUCUGAGAAAUCAGGAACCAGUGGUUCACAUACAAAGUUAAAAAAGCCAGAGACUGGAAACGGGAAUAAAGAUAAAAUGAAGCAACAGGAAAAGAAUAAGAGCCAAAGUAAAAAUGGAGGAAAGAAACAAGAGGAAGCUUUUACUUCUUCGGUUACUAUUGAAAUUGACAGUAGUAGUGGUAGUGAUGUGGAGAUUGUUAAGGAAGAGUUUAAACCAUACGACUAUACACAGGGUGCAAAAAGUCUUAUAGAAGAUUCUGGCAAAAAGGCAAAGGGUGGUGACUUCUAUAACCCACACAGUAAAGACACAGGAAAGGGAAAGAGCAUGAGAAACAAGGCUUUCAAGAAGGGACAAAAGAGUUUCACCUGGAAGAACAAAUGAUAAAUAUAUAGUGAAUUGAUUGUGUGUUAAACGUGGCGUUUUAAAUAAUAUUACAUGGUAAAUUA